UCCCGGUCGGCGGACCCGGCCGGCGCUAGGUGCCGACGGGCGGGCCGCGGGGGUCCGGGGCGGACACAGGCGCACACGCUCCCGGAGGAGCCUUCUCUGAGGCUGCUCUUCCUCGGCCAGACGGAGAGCGGCAGUGUCUCCCCGCCCAGCGCACAGUCGCCCCGCGUCUCCCCCCGCGGCGGCUGCUCCUCCUCGGCACCGCCAGCCCCAGCGCCGCUCCGGGGCGGGCGGCGGCGGCGGCGGGACCCGCGGAGCCGCUUUGUGUGCAGCCCGACGAGGGGCGGCGGCGCAACCACCUGACAGAGGCCCGGGCGCUCGAUGCACCUUCCGCCCGCAUGAGGAGGAGGAGAGGCCGGUAGAGGACUGUGAAAGAAAAGUUGUCCCCCAGGAUGGACUUCACCGCGCAGCCCAAGCCUGCCACUGCCCUCUGUGGCGUCGUGAGUGCAGAUGGGAAGAUCGCUUACCCGCCGGGGGUAAAGGAGAUCACCGACAAGAUCACCACGGAUGAAAUGAUCAAGCGACUGAAGAUGGUAGUAAAAACUUUUAUGGAUAUGGAUCAGGACUCAGAAGACGAAAAACAGCAGUAUCUCCCACUAGCCUUGCAUCUUGCAUCUGAAUUUUUCCUCAGGAAUCCCAAUAAAGAUGUGCGUCUCCUUGUAGCAUGUUGUUUGGCUGACAUCUUUCGAAUCUAUGCCCCAGAAGCUCCGUAUACUUCCCACGAUAAACUUAAGGACAUAUUUUUGUUUAUUACCAGACAAUUAAAAGGUUUGGAGGAUACAAAGAGUCCACAGUUUAAUAGAUACUUUUAUUUAUUAGAGAACUUAGCUUGGGUUAAAUCAUAUAACAUCUGCUUCGAAUUGGAAGAUUGCAAUGAAAUUUUUAUUCAACUUUUUAGGACUCUCUUCUCAGUGAUCAACAAUAGCCACAAUAAAAAGGUACAAAUGCACAUGCUAGACUUGAUGAGUUCUAUCAUCAUGGAAGGUGAUGGAGUUACUCAAGAAUUAUUGGACUCCAUUCUUAUUAACCUCAUUCCUGCACAUAAGAAUUUAAAUAAACAGUCCUUUGACCUUGCAAAAGUCCUGUUGAAAAGGACAGUCCAGACUAUUGAGGCAUGCAUUGCCAAUUUUUUCAAUCAAGUCCUGGUGCUGGGAAGAUCGUCAGUAAGUGAUUUGUCAGAACAUGUAUUUGAUCUGAUUCAGGAACUUUUUGCGAUAGAUCCACAUUUAUUAUUAUCUGUCAUGCCGCAGCUUGAAUUCAAACUAAAGAGCAAUGAUGGAGAAGAACGAUUAGCUGUUGUUCGACUUUUAGCUAAAUUGUUUGGUUCUAAAGAUUCUGAUUUGGCAACACAGAAUCGUCCUCUUUGGCAAUGUUUUCUUGGACGAUUUAAUGACAUUCACGUUCCUGUGAGAUUAGAAAGUGUGAAAUUUGCCAGCCACUGUUUAAUGAAUCACCCAGAUUUAGCAAAGGAUCUCACAGAAUAUUUGAAAGUUAGAUCACAUGAUCCAGAAGAAGCAAUUCGUCAUGAUGUCAUUGUUACUAUAAUAACAGCUGCCAAAAGAGACCUUGCCUUAGUGAAUGAUCAGCUACUUGGCUUUGUAAGGGAAAGAACACUGGAUAAACGGUGGCGAGUAAGAAAAGAAGCUAUGAUGGGUCUUGCUCAGCUUUAUAAGAAAUACUGUCUUCAUGGUGAAGCAGGAAAAGAAGCUGCAGAGAAAGUCAGCUGGAUAAAGGACAAGCUUUUGCAUAUUUAUUAUCAGAAUAGCAUCGAUGACAAACUGUUGGUAGAGAAAAUCUUUGCUCAGUAUCUUGUCCCCCACAAUCUGGAAACAGAAGAGAGAAUGAAAUGCUUAUAUUAUUUAUAUGCUAGUUUGGAUCCAAAUGCUGUCAAAGCUCUCAAUGAAAUGUGGAAGUGUCAGAACAUGCUCAGAAGUCAUGUACGAGAACUAUUGGAUUUGCACAAGCAACCUACAUCAGAGGCUAACUGUUCUGCCAUGUUUGGAAAACUGAUGACCAUAGCAAGUGAAAUUUUGCCUGACCCUGGGAAAGCACAAGAUUUUGUGAAGAAAUUUAACCAGGUUCUCGGUGAUGAUGAGAAAUUGCGGUCUCAGCUGGAGUUAUUAAUCAGUCCAACCUGUUCUUGCAAACAGGCAGAUGUUUGUGUGAGAGAAAUAGCUCGAAAACUUGCAAAUCCUAAGCAGCCAACAAACCCUUUUCUAGAGAUGGUCAAAUUUCUGUUGGAAAGAAUUGCACCUGUGCACAUUGAUUCAGAAGCCAUAAGUGCACUGGUAAAACUGAUGAAUAAAUCAAUAGAGGGAACAGCAGAUGAUGAAGGGGGUGUAAGUCCAGAUACAGCUAUUCGUUCAGGACUUGAACUUCUUAAGGUUCUGUCUUUCACACAUCCUACCUCGUUCCACUCUGCAGAGACAUAUGAGUCCCUGUUACAGUGCCAGAUGGAAGAUGACAAGGUAGCAGAAGCUGCUAUACAUUUUAGAAAUACAGGCCACAAAAUAGACGACCUACCCCAGAUACGAUCGACCUUAAUUCCCAUUUUACAUCAGAAAGCAAAGAGAGGUACUCCACACCAAGCAAAACAGGCUGUUCAUUGUAUACAUGCCAUAUUCACCAAUAAAGAAGUCCAGCUUGCACAGAUUUUUGAGCCACUCAGUAGGAGUCUGAAUGCUGAUGUACCAGAACAUAUAACUCCAUUAGUGUUCAUUGGGCCACAUUUCUAUUUAGCACCAGAUCAAUUUGCUUCCCCAAUGAAAUCUGUAGUAGCAAAUUUUAUUGUGAAAGAUCUGCUAAUGAAUGACAGGUCAACAGGUGAGAAGAAUGGAAAAUAUGGUCUCCAGAUGAAGAGGUGUUCCCCUGAAGUACUAGCAAAGGUACAGGCAAUUAAACUUCUGGUAAGGUGGCUGUUGGGUAAAAACAACCAGUCUAAAUCUGCCAAUUCAACUCUUCGAUUAUUAUCAGCGAUGUUGGUUAGUGAGGGUGACCUGACAGAGCAAAAGAGAAUCAGUAAAUCUGAUAUGUCUCGCUUGCGAUUAGCUGCUGGUAGUGCCAUAAUGAAGCUUGCUCAGGAACCUUGUUACCAUGAAAUUAUAACCCCCGAACAGUUUCAGCUCUGUGCACUUGUUAUUAAUGAUGAGUGCUACCAAGUAAGGCAGAUAUUUGCUCAGAAGUUGCAUAAGGCACUUGUGAAGUUACUACUCCCAUUGGAGUACAUGGCGAUCUUUGCCUUGUGUGCCAAAGAUCCUGUGAAGGAGAGAAGAGCACAUGCACGACAGUGUUUACUAAAAAAUAUCAGUAUACGCAGGGAGUACAUUAAACAGAAUCCCAUGGCUACUGAGAAAUUAUUAUCACUGUUGCCUGAAUAUGUAGUUCCAUACAUGAUUCACCUGCUAGCCCAUGAUCCAGAUUUUACAAGAUCACAAGAUGUUGACCAGCUUCGUGAUAUUAAAGAGUGCCUAUGGUUCAUGCUUGAAGUUUUAAUGACAAAGAAUGAAAACAAUAGCCAUGCCUUUAUGAAGAAGAUGGCAGAGAACAUCAAGUUAACAAAAGAUGCCCAGUCUCCAGAUGAAUCCAAGACAAAUGAAAAACUUUAUACAGUAUGUGAUGUGGCUCUGUGUGUUAUAAAUAGUAAAAGUGCUUUGUGCAAUGCAGACUCACCAAAGGAUCCAGUCCUCCCAAUGAAAUUUUUUACACAACCUGAAAAGGACUUCUGUAAUGACAAGAGUUAUAUUUCAGAAGAGACCAGAGUGCUUCUGUUAACAGGAAAGCCAAAACCUGCUGGAGUACUAGGUGCAGUAAACAAGCCUUUAUCAGCAACAGGAAGAAAACCAUAUGUUAGAAGCACCGGAGCUGAGACUGGAAGCAACAUUAAUGUAAAUUCAGAGCUGAACCCUUCAACCGGAAACCGAUCAAGGGAACAGAGUUCAGAGGCAGUAGAAACUGGAGUUAGUGAAAAUGAAGAGAACCCUGUGAGAAUUAUUUCUGUCACUCCUGUAAAGAAUAUUGAUCCGGUAAAGAAUAAGGAAAUUAAUUCUGAUCAGACUACCCAGGGCAACAUCAGCAGUGACCGAGGAAAGAAAAGAACAGUAACCGCAGCUGGUGCAGAGAAUAUUCAACAAAAAACAGAUGAGAAAGUAGAUGAAUCAGGACCACCUGCCCCUUCAAAACCCAGGAGAGGACGUCGACCGAAGUCUGAAUCUCAGGGCAAUGCAACCAAAAAUGAUGAUAUAAAUAAACCUCUUGGCAAAGGAAGAAAGAGAGCUGCAGUCAGUCAGGAAAGCCCUGGGGGUCUGGAAGCAGGUAAUGCCAAAGCACCCAAACUGCAAGACAUAGCCAAAAAGGCAACACCAGCAGAGAGACAAAUUGACUUACAAAGGUAA